AUGGACCAUGGACGCUAUCAUCAAGGAUGGGAUAAUAACAGCGCAUUGGAAGGGUAUGGUGCAGGUCAUGAUUCAAACUUUCGGGAUAGUGGAUCCUAUGAUGAUAGGAGGUUUAUCGAUGAAAGAUUCUCGAGGGAUAGUAUCCAUCCUAGGGGAUCGUUCCAUAGAAAUGCAUUGGAGAGAAAUAACUAUCCUCCACCGCCAUCGUCAGUUGGAAUGUGGCCUCAAGCACGGAGGCGAGGAUAUGAAGAAGAGUAUCCAUUCGAGAGGGAUUACAGACGGCAUGAGAAGCCACCUUCUAGAUAUGGAGGGCGGGAUCGGGAGGAUUAUGGUGAUGAUGAUUAUGACUAUAGACCUCGUUCCGUGCAUCAAGGUAGGGAGGAAAGCCGUGAAAGGGAUUAUGAUUACAGCAGGCAUAGUUAUGAUUCGGACUACGAGAGGGGUUCCAGGAGGGACGGUAACUGGAGAAGGCGUGAAUCUCGGGACCGUGAAUGGGACAAGAGGGGCCCAAGUCGGGAAAGGGAAGAAAGCUCCUAUAGAAGACGUGAGCACUCUCCGUCAUACUCCCGCUCUCAUUCUCGUGGCCGUGAUGAUCGAAUGAGGUCGAAAUCUCCUCGGAGCAGGAGUCAUGGCCGAAAUCAUAGGGAAGAGAGUUACGAAGACAGCCGCUAUGAUAGAAGUGAUAGAAGAAGAGAUCGUGAGGAUAGCCGUCAUCAUGACCAUUAUUCUGUUGCUCCCUCUGCUACUGUCGUGGUAAAGGGUCUCUCGCAAAAGACUACUGAAGAAGAUUUGUACCAAAUUCUUGCUGAAUGGGGACCUCUCCGCCAUGUCCGUGUGAUUAAAGAGCGAAAUUCUGGGGUUUCCCGAGGGUUUGCUUUUGUUGAUUUCCCUUCUGUGGAUGCGGCUCAAGCAAUGAUGGAUAGGUUUGGGCAUGAGGGGCUCCUUGUGGAUGAUCGGAAGCUUUUUUUUGAAUACAGUAAACCGACUGGUGGAGGAGAUAGUGGAUCCCUUGGAAUCAAUACCUCUUCAAGAUCAGGCCAUAGUAGCCAUAGAAGUAUCAUGAUACCUUCUGAUUGGAUGUGCAUCAUAUGUGGCUGUGUCAAUUUUGCAAGGAGGACAUCAUGUUUUCAGUGUAAUGAGCCAAAAACAGAAGAUGCUCCAUCAGCUGAUAUGGUAUCAUCAAAUCCCAUUCCUAUUGGCAAGAGAGGAGAAGCAGGUCCAACCCAUGUUCUUGUUGUUCGUGGACUGGAUGAGAAUGCUGAUGAGGAAAUGCUUCGUUAUGAAUUUUCUAAGCAUGCUCCUAUUAAGGAUCUGCGGCUUGUCAGAGACAAAUUCACACAUGUCUCAAGAGGAUUUGCAUUCGUUCAUUUCUAUUCAGUUGGUGAUGCCACUAAGGCGCUCGAAUCAACAAAUGGUACUACUCUGGAGAAAAAUGGUCAAAUUCUUCGGGUUGCCUAUGCAAAAAGUAUUAUUGGACCUGGACCUGCAGCUUCUUCAGCUCCGCAGUCAAGCAGUCUUGCUGCUGCUGCAAUUGAGGCGGCAACAUUUGCUCAGCAGUAUGAUGCAGUUGGUUGGGCACCAAAGGAAUACAAUCCAGAGGAUAACACUUCUGGCAGUGGUCAACAGCAAGCAGGACAAGUUGAGGGCCAAGGAGAUCAUUCUGCUCCCCAGUCUGGUUUCGUGUGGGAUGAAGCUUCUGGUUAUUAUUAUGAUGCCGCCUCUGGAUUCUACUACGACGGAAAUACAGGUCUAUAUUAUGAUGGCAAUAACGGCCUAUGGUAUUCUUUUGAUCAACAAACUCAACAGUACAUCCCUUGCACCGAUCAGAACAACAAGACAGCAGAAAAACAAAUUGAAACCUCCAAAGCCUCAAAUGGUUCUAAUAACAAAAAGGUUGUUAUAUCUGCCCCAGCUGCCACAGUGACAUCUCAAGAGAAGGCAGCCGCCUCAUUGCCGGAUGCUGUCCAGGCUGCAGCUGCUGCCGCCAUAGCUGCUGAGAAGAAAGAGAAGGAAAAAAUGAAAGAAAUCAAACUUGCCUCGAAAAGCAGCAUCCUGGCCAACAAGAAGAAAAUGAAUAAUGUCUUGACCAUGUGGAAGCAAAGAAGUCACGAGGGUCAGGCGCCACGUGUGGCUAUCGAGAAUAACAGCCAAAUCUCAGCUCCAAGCAUGUUGAAAAAUGAAGGCCCGAUAAUAACUAAAGAUAAUGUUAAUGCUUCUCAUAAUGUGGGCUUGGAACCCCAAGACAGGGCAAGGCCCGUUAUUUCGAGUUCUGGUGGAGGUUUGAAAGGAGUCAUUAGGAGUUCUGGACUGGGAGUGGUAAAGUCGAAUACUGUUUAUACUGGGCAAGGGGAGAAUACCGUGGAAUCUUUUUCCUCGACAUCCACAGAAGCUUCUACUACUGUAACACCUUUCCGAACAGAUGCAUCUGCUUUGGGUUUGUAUUCGUCACCGGUUGCUGCAGGAAGUGGUAAAAGAAGGUUUUCUGAGUUGCCGGCAGCAUCAGUUACAAAUAGGGAACAGUCCCAAAUCACGUACAGGGAUCGUGCAGCGGAGAGGAGGAGCCUGUAUGGUUCGUCGUCUUUUGGGGAUGACUUGUCCAGUGCUGGAGGUGGAGAUCCAAAUCGAGACUCGACAUAUAGAAGGGGUGUUAUGGACUCCAUGCCUUUCCCUCCUGGUGUUGGCGGUGGACGAGCAACUGCUGGGGAUGCCAUCGCUAGUCAGAGUUAUGAUGUUAUCACGGCGGAUAAAGCUCUUGACGAGAACAAUGUGGGCAACCGUAUGCUGCGCAAUAUGGGCUGGCACGAAGGCUCGGGUUUGGGAAAAGAUGGGAGUGGUAUGGUAGAACCAGUCCAGGCCAAAGCUGUAGAAACUAGAGCUGGGCUUGGGAUCCAUCAGCCCAAGAAAGUUGACCCGACACUUGAAGUCCAUGCUGGAGAUAGCUACAAAGCUGUUAUCCAAAAAAAGGCAAUUGCCCGUUUUCGAGAGAUGUCAUCCUAA